GGUGGUGGCGGGGCAGCGUGAGUCGCGGCCCAGCCUGCCAGUGGGUAAGAUGGCUCAGUGACGCCGCCUCGCUCGCUCCACCUCUCUCACUCGGGAUAAUACUUACUACUCCCCGCCAACCUUGUGUUUAGUGCCCCGCGCGUGUGUGUCCUCGGGAGUGUCCUUUAUUGUGUCCUCACAGCCUCUCAGGAUCCCUCACUCCUCAGCAGAAUGUUGUCGCCCUCCAUCUCCCCGGCCACGUCGCCGACCCUGACACACAGCGGGUCCCCUACGCCGCCCCUAUACCCUGCACAGCACAAGAUCUCCGGCAUCCCCACCGUCGCCGCCGCCUCCAGGUUCACGGCGCCCGUACAUAUCGAUGUCGGCGGCUCCAUCUACACCUCCUCCCUCGAGACCCUCACAAGGUUCCCGGAGAGUAGACUGGCGCGGCUGUUCAACGGGUCCAUCCCCAUCGUGCUGGACUCCCUCAAACAGCACUACUUCAUAGACCGAGACGGCAAGAUGUUCCGUCACAUCCUCAACUACAUGCGUCACGGCAGGAUGCUCCUUCCUGAUGACUUCACCGACCACGACCUGCUCUUGGAGGAGGCCAGAUACUUCGAGAUUGACGGUCUGGUGAAGCAGGUGGAGGAGAUGAAGAAGGCUCGUCAGGAGUCCCGCAGGUCGUCGUCAUCAUCGUCAUCAACGUCACAAUCGUCGUCACACUCCUCGUCCCUCAGACACAAGUCCCUCGUCAACGGCAUCAAGAAGGAGGACGAGAACCAGGGCUAUGAUGUAAUCGCCCUCAACAUCUGCCCGGAUCUGGGGGAACGGGUGAUGCUGUCGGGGGAAAGGUGUGUCAUAGAGGAACUCUUUCCCGAGGUAGCUCAGGCCAUGAUGGAUGCCCGCUCCUCUCUCGCCUGGAACCACGACCAUCGCUUCAUCAUCAGGUUCCCCUUGAACGGCUACUGCAAGCUAACGUCCAUGCAGGCUAUCCAACGCCUUCUCAACGCCUCUUUCACUCUCGUCACCAGCAAUGGCGGCGGGGUGGAGGGCCAGCAGUUCUCAGAAUACCUCUUCUGUAGGCGCGCCGUGCCCCUGUGAUCACGCCCUCCCCCACACCCUAGAUAGAACUACAAAACAAGAGAAAUGUAGAAGAGACGAAAACGAAAGAGAAAUAAAGAAAACGAAAGAGAAAUAAAGAAAAC